CGACCACAAAUCAUGCCUUCAACUGACUAAGAAGAGGUUAAAUCAUACUGAUAAUUAUCCAAAAUGAUUUUGUUAAUGCAGAUUCCUGGCUUUCCUGAGAAAAAUGGGAGUUUUGGAAGAUUCAUCUAAACUACCAGCCAAUCCACCAUGGACCACUGCAUCAUACAUCAGAACUUUCUUUUCAUCAUUAUUAUGUAAAACCUCUGAAAGCACCUUGGGCGUUUCACAUUUUCUCUUCUCUCCUUCAGAAGGAAGUAAUCUGCUCCCUGGAAUUCUGAUCUGUCCUGGACAGGACCCUGGCGAAAGCUUGUGCUGGGGACUCUAGUAGGAUGAUCCCGCCUCCAAUCCAGCCUGGUUAAUUGCGAAAAUUGUACACAUUUCUGGUUUAUCUAUGCUUUGUUAUGGGUUGGACAAGAAAUUAUCUCCUCCCCAAUCCACUCCCCCCCCCCCCAGCAGAGCACCGAAACCCAGUUGAAUUGUUGCAGUGUUUAGAAGCUGGAGCCUUGAACUGCUUUCUUGGCCAAAUAACUUUGUUUCUGGUUGUAAAAGGCAUGGGGUGGGAAGUCCAGAGAAAUGCAAACGUAAGUGUGUACUGGGGUGGAUCACCUCCUGGUUUAACUUUGGAGCUCGAGGCUGGCCUCCUUCCUCCCUUAAGGGAGAUAAUGGGCUAUUCUGCACAUUCUAGCUUAAGCUCCAUUUGCUGAAGAAGAAAAAAAGGGGGCAGGAUGCCUUGAGACACACGCGGCAUCUGGCAGAGGAUUAACAUACAUACAUGUGUAUGUAUGCGUCACGUAUAUAUUUACUGCCAAUGGUGGGGAUCAUUUAGUGCCCGAGAUGGGAGACCUGAAGUCAGGCUUUGAAGAGGUGGAUGGCGUGAGGCUGGGCUACCUCAUCAUUAAAGGAAAGCAAAUGUUUGCCCUCUCCCAAGUCUUCACAGAUCUGCUGAAAAACAUCCCGAGGACGACCGUGCACAAGCGCAUGGAUCAUCUGAAAGUGAAAAAGCACCAGUGCGAUCUGGAGGAGUUGCGGAAACUCAAAGCAAUCAACAGCAUCGCCUUCCACGCCGCCAAGUGCACGCUCAUCUCCCGGGAAGACGUGGAAGCGCUCUACACCUCCUGCAAGACCGAGCGCGUCCUCAGGACCAAACGCCGGCGGGCCGGCGGGGCCCUGGCCUCGCAGGCGGCUCCGGAGCGCGCGCCCGCCGGCCCCCGCGCGGGAUUCUGGAAGGACCAGCAGCAACUCUGGCGGGGCCUGAGCGGAGCCGCGCGGCCCCUGCCAAUCAGCGCGCAGUCCCGGCGUCCCGGCACCGCCGCCGCGCGCCCCGCCGCCCAUCUACCUCAGAUUUUCAGCAAGUACCCCGGCUCGCACUACCCGGAAAUCGUGCGCUCGCCUAGCAAACCUCCGCUGAACUAUGAAGCUGCUCCGCUGCCCGGAAACUACGUCGCCUUCCCCUCGGACCCGGCUUACUUUCGGAGCCUGCUGUGCAGCAAGCACCCGGCCGCCGCCUACUACCAAGCGUCAGCGGCCGGGCCCCAGCCCAAGGCGGCGGCCGGGGGCGCGGGGAGCCUGACGUACCGCUGCCGGCGCAGGCGCGGCGGCGCCCAGGACGGGCUGCUGGCGCCCCACGCCGGCCCGCGGCGCCUGCUGCUGCUGCCCAGGCCCUGCAGAGCCAAAGCGGCGGCGGCGGCGGCGGCGGCCCGGGCCUCCUGCCUGGAGAGUUUCCAUCUGGUCCACGGCCUCUGCGCGCCGCCCCACCACCACCACCACCACCACCAUCACCAUCACCACCACCACCACCACCGGACCCAGCCGCCGCCGACCCACCACCCCCCUCACCACCGGCCGCAGCCCCAUCUGGGUAGCUUUCCCGAAAGCUGUAGCAGCGACUCCGAGUCCAGCUCCUACUCGGAUCAUGCGGCCAACGACUCAGACUUUGGCUCCAGUUUGUCCAGCUCCAGCAACUCUGUGUCCUCGGAGGAAGAGGAGGAAGGAGAGGAAGAGGAAGAGGGGGGCAGCGGGGGCUCAGAUUCCAGUGAAAUGAGCUCGGAGGAGGAGGACUCGUCCACCGAGUCAGACUCCAGCUCUGGCUCCAGCCAAGUGUCGGUGCAGAGCAUCCGCUUCAGGCGCACCAGCUUCUGCAAGCCUCCCAGCGUGCAGGCGCAGGCCAACUUCUUGUACCAUCUGGCCGCCGCCGCCGCCACCAAACCCGCUGCUUUCCAGGACGCCGCUCGACUUCCCGACCUCAAGAACAUCGUCAAAGCGGAGUCGCCCGAGGAGUGCAGUCUGCAGAGCUGGGCCCCGAAAGUGUCUCCGGUGUACUGCCCGGCCAGCCUGGGGAGUUGUUUCCCAGAGAUAAGGAACGAUACGGUGUCUGAGAUUACUUAUCCAUACUCUGAAAUUUCCAGUACUGUAAGGAGAACUGACCUGACAAUUAACUGUUUGGCAGAGGGGGCCAAUUCACCUAGCCCAAAGACAAACAAUACAUUUCCACAACAAAGAAUACUCCGAGAGGCUAGGAAAUGCCUACUAACAACUCCUACUUCACUUGGUGCCGAUAACAACACAGCAGCUGCUAGGUUCUUAAAUAAUAUUUCUUCUUCAGCGGCAGAAAAUUCAGAAAAAAAGGCCAAAAUCCCGCACUGUCCUGAAUUUGCUACGGAUUUGCCCUCUUCGCAAACUGAUCCCGAAGUGGGUGCAGCAGCCACGAAAGCUGAGAACUCCUGCAGUGACACAGGCGAGCAGACAUUGCCGUUUCUGCACAAUAUUAAAAUCAAAGUAGAAGACAGUAGUGUGAAUGAAGAAUAUGAACCUGAUCUUAUUACAAAUAAGCUAAAAUGGGAGUGCAAUGAUACAAAGGGUGAGUUUUACAGUGUGACUGAAAAUAAAGAGGAGGACGCCUUGUUAACCACAGCCAAGGAAGGGUUUGCAAGCCCUGAGAAAGAAACUCCUUCCUUAAAUCCACUGGCUCAUAAUCAGGGCCUUUCAUGCACUUUAGGUUCUCCAAAACCUGAGGAUGGGGAAUAUAAAUUUGGUGCCAGGGUGAGAAAAAAUUACCGGACACUAGUACUGGGAAAACGACCUGUCCUUCAGACACCUCCAGUCAAACCAAAUUUGAAAUCAGCUAGAAGCCCUCGCCCUACAGGUAAAACUGAGAUACAUGAAGGAACACUGGAUGACUUUACAAUUAUAAACAGACGCAAAAAGGUAGCCAGCAAUGUAGCAUCAGCAGUGAAAAGGCCAUUUAAUUUCAUGGCAAAUUUUCCUUGUCCACCAUCACUCAUUAUUGGGAAGGAUGGGGAUUUGUGGCCAGCGUAUUCCUUAAACACUACUAAGGAUUCCCAACCUCCUCACAAGGCCCAUCCUAUAUGGAAAUGGCAGCUGGGCGGUUCUGCAAUACCUCUUCCACCUAGUCACAAAUUCAGGAAAUUUAAUUCAUGAAAAUGUUUUGGAAGAUAUUUUCUUGAACCAUAUUACCUUCCUUUUGUUGUAUACUGCACAGGAUGGUCUGUACACAACCAUUAAUGGUGUCACACCCCAUUUGGAGUCCUGGUUUAUUGCAUUUUGAAGACAGAAAUCGGAUUACUUUUUUUCAUUGCGGGUUUUUUUUUUA